GAGGGGGUUAGGGGAGAUUCAACCAUUAUGAUGCUGGAGCCAGUGACACACUUUCUGUGAGAAGCCAUGACUAGAGUCUGUUUCUUCCAGAAUUAGGGGCGCAUGACCUUCUGUGGAGAAUAGGUGUGCGAGCCAGGAGGAAAGGAGGGGGGCAGGGGAAGCCUGAGGUGCUGUGUGAUGUUAGUGACAGGUUCUCUCGGCUCCGAGAUGUGCAUUGAUUGACAUGGGUCCCCCAGAGCUGGUGGCGACAUCUGCCAACUGUGAGAUAAGACUUAGUUCCGUUCAAGAAAUCGAAAGGAAACACUGACAGAAUCUGGGAUUAUAUGUCCUCUCAUUCAACAUGUCUACAAAAAGCGAGGAUAUCACAAGGUUGCCAUCUUCACCUAGACUUAUUCCUGCAUGGAAGGACUUGAAACUCCUCAUAAAGAAUACCCUGAAGGAUGUAAAGGCUGGUGGAAAACCAAAGGAUGAGGAUGUGCGUGUACUGAGUGACUGGCCUGAGACUGUGUACAAGGAGUUUCACCAGCCCCAGUUCUCAACUUUCAUCUGUUUCUACUCCAUCGACGUCAACUAUUUUGUCUCUUUAAACUGGAUGGAACCAAGUACAAAAGAAAUGAAGGCAGUACUUUGGAUACAGGAAGGAGACGCAGAAAUGAAAGGAAUACUCAAGCAGCAGUUCCAUGUGCUGGAUCAAGUGCCUCCCAUCCAAGCCAUGGUCCACACGGGCCCCGGCCACAUGCUAAUUGCCUACUGUGACGACGUGUGCCUGCGGCUCUUUGGGGACCACCAACGGGCAUUCACCCUGCUGGGAACCGUGCCCUGCCACUUCUUCAUCAGUUGCCUCUGCUUUGACUCAGAGACCGAGGUGCUGCUCUCUGGCACCGUGGGGGCCGUGGUCACCUGGUUUAUCUUACCAAACGGCAGUGGCCUGCAGAUGGCACAAACAGUGCCCAUGCCUGAUUACGAGUUUGUCCAGGGCUUUUCCCUGAACGGCCCCCAGGGCUCCAUCCUGGCUUUCUGUGAGAGUAAGGUGAGGGUCUUCACCCACCAGGGCCAGGGGCAGCUGAAAGAGGUGAAGCAGUUCUCUCCCUUAAGCGGGUCCCCCAUCACCUGCUCCUUCACUUGUGUCCCUCGGGGCUAUUUCUAUGCUGGAAACAAGGAUGGAGAGAUCCACGCGUGGGGGCUGACCCAGGGGAACUUCCUCCACAGCUUCCAGGCGCACUCCUCAUCGGUGGUCUGCAUCCAGAGCCGGCCGGACACCCACACCUUGCUGACGGCAGGCGCGGAGGGCCUAGUGAAGGAAUGGAAUCUCGCUUUUGGGAACUUGCUGCGGCAGCUGCCCAUCCACGAAGGCCUGCGGCGACUGCAGUUCAUCAACAACACCACCUUCUUCUGCCAGACGGGCUGCGCCUUCUCCCUGCACCACCUACCCUACUUCUACAGUCUCUUCCAUGUGUGCGGUUCUGCUCCCCAGCAGAUGCAGCGCGUCUGUUGCGGCCGAAACUGGACCCGGAUCCUGUGUGCCACCAAGGACGGCCUGUUGCGCUUCCUGUCUCCAGUGACAGGGGAGCUCCUGGUGGUCACGUGGCCUCUGCAGGUCAUGGAGAAGGCGAAGGUGUGGGCCUAUGACUCAGCCAGAGAGGAGCUCUUCGUGGCAACCCACAGUCCGGAGGUGCUGGUGUUCGACGCCACACGUUCUCCUUGUCCUGUCAAGUAUCUCGUGUGUACGUCGGUAAAACCCGGGGAUCGAGUAAGAUGUCUGGCCUACGGACAGUCCCGUCUGGCCAAGGGCCUGGAAGGACUGAUGUUCUGUGGGCAUGACAGUGGCACUGUGAGGAUCCUCUCCCACUACAGCUGUGCCCGGAUAGAGAAGACGCUGCACACCGGGGCGGUGUUGGCGCUGUCAACCCUGGAGGGGCCCCAGAAGAGCCCCCUGCUGUGCUCCUACGGCAUAGACAACACCCUGUACUUGACAGAAGCUGUGCUUCAGGAGAACAAGGUAACCCUGGAGCCUGUUAUGAAAAUUCUCUGCGGUUGCUCCCUAAAACACGUGAUUCUCUUGCCAGACUCAGUGGGCGCGAUCACGGAGAACCACUGCUGGCGUCUCUGGCACUUCCAAGAUUUUAUGACGUCUUCAAGAUCAAAACAGACUUCGGUCUUUCAAGAGACAAAGAGCCUGCACCAGUGUGCCAUCGUGUCGUUUGACGUCUGCUUUUCCCUGAGGCUUUUUGUCACGGCGGGUACGGACGGCAGAGUCCGCCUCUGGAACUUCCAGGGUAGGCUCCUGACUGAGCUGAAGUCCGCCUUGCAGUUUGGCCCACUCUGCUUUGCCAAUAAUCGAGGUGACCUGCUUUUGACUUUCAACCACAGUCUCUACCUGGUAUCUUGCUUGAAACUGCUCCGUCACGCAGAGCUGACUCUCCUGUCUACCCUAGACAGCGCAGAUGACAUACAGGAAGUCCCCAAGCCCUUUCUGCCCAGCUUCUUCUUUUCAUUUAGAACAGUGAAUGUACCCAAAUUUGUCUACCUGGAACAAGGGCUGCAGGAAUUCCGGGGACUUGAGGCUCUUGCUAACAAACGGGUCAUUGCCUUUGACAACAUCGUGCCUCACGUUGUGGAGGAAGAGAGACGUGUGCCCUGUGAGAUUCAAGAGCAGCCCAAGUUGCACUUUGUGGAGGAUAAGGACCCCAAUUUGUCUUCUGUUGACCUUACAAGGGCUCGUCCCCCACGCACUGUUCCAGCUCAGUUGCACAUCGCUGGCUGGGAUGGCAUCAGCCCCUACUACGUAUUACAGAAGUUCUUUGGUAAAGGGCGGCACUGGCCCAUUACUCCUGAUGGCUACAUCCCCAACUCAGUGAUCCGUGCCCGCCUCUGGCCGGAGGGCACCCCAAUUGUACUAUGCUGUGGUGUGGACCCAGCCUACAGAGGGAAGGACAGGGACAUGGAUGAGAUCUUCAAACACAUAUGGCUGCUCAUGACCACCCUAGCAAAAAAGAGCACUUUGUUGAGCAAACAAAGGUAUAAAGUCACGUCUUCUCUACAAGCCUACUCUGUGAUUCUUGAGAACUUGACAAAACAAAAUUGGAUAGGAAGACAAUUUAAUGAUGAAUUUAUAAGUAAUUUAAUUGAGAUCAUCCUCAACCUCACAACUAGCUGUUCUGUGGAGAAAUUCAAGAAAUAUAUUAACAUCCUGGAAAAGCUCUUCGCCCUCUAUCACAUCCCUUCGGGGCUGCAGAUGCAGGCUGUGUGUCGUCUCCUGGAAGACACAGCCGAUUCCAACCCCCAGAUCCGCGCACUGAGCUGGGAGGGGCUCGAGCGGCUAGGUUUCACCAGCCAUCUUUUUGCUGUUCCACUGGCCAUGGGGUUGAUGGACGAAGACAAGAAUGUGCGGGGUAAAGUCUUACACCAUUUCAUAAGGGUCACAGGCAUCGAAAGUAAGACCAUGCUAUUAGCCCUGCUGAGGAAACAAGAAACUCUGCAAGAAUUACAGCAGGAAUUUAUUGGAGAAUUCUCUCUGGAUCAGCUGCUGGGGAUCAACGCUGAAAAUAUCCAACUCCUGAUUGCCCAGUUCAAGAGGGCUGGAAACAGGAAGAAUCGAUCAGGGCGAUGUCUGUGA